AUGGACUGUGCGGCGGGUUCGCAUCGUACUGGGCAGGUGUGAUGGCGCUGGUGUCGGUGUGCUCCGGUGAGGAGGAGCGGUCCGUGCGCAUCAUGAGAACCGAGCUGGUGUAUGGAGUCGCCGGGUUCAUUGGUAGUUUGGCUUCUGGUCACUUAUUUAACCUCUACACCGUAGAUCUCAAACAAGGAGCAAUUUUAUCUAGUUUUAGCGUGCUGCUGUAUUUCCUCUGCCUGCUCUAUGCCGCAUUUUUCCUGCAAGUCGAUUUCUCCGAGCUUGGAGAGAGGCAGGAGCGCCGGGAAAGUGUUGGGAUCAUAAACCACGAAGCCCGCGAUAAAAUAAACAUCGCUUUGCUCUUCCUCAGUGGGAUUUUGUAUGAUAUAGCAGUGGCUGGAGGAAUGGAGAUGUUGGCAGCUUAUGUGCUCAAAGACCCCCUCGGCUGGGGCGCAACUGAGGUGGGUUAUGGAAACGCGGCGGGAUCGCUUCUCUUCGUCACCAGUUUUUUGGGUGUGAAGAUGUUCACAAGAUGUUCUGUUAGAGAUGAGAGCAUGGUCAUGAUCGGCAUGGUGUCUUUCGCAGCUGGGAUUUAUUUCAUGGCUUUUGUGACCACAACUCCGAUGUACUUUUUGGCUCGUUCUGUCACUCUGUUUGCUCUGAUUCCAAUGCCUACCAUUCGCUCGCUGCUGUCCAAACAGGUCAGGGGAACCUCAUAUGGCAUUACCUUUGUCAUGCUCCAGUUGUCCUUCAAGCUUGCAAGCUUGGUCACCACACCCAUCUACACAGAGAUCUAUCAGGCCACACUUGACACCUUCCCAGGGUUUGUCUUCAUACUGUCCAGCAUCUUCACCGUUCUUUCUAUGAUACCCAUUAGCAUUGUAGGAUGCCGCUCUGCAAGACAAGAUGGAUAUGAGAGAAUUCAAGGCAACUGACAGCAUCAGCCACACCAAAGGAGACACAAAGUGUCACAAAUGGACAAGUUAUUGAAGUAUGUUUGCGUAAUAAAUGAUUUGAAGGUUUACACUGGAGUUACAUACAAUAAAAGAUAUUCUAUCGUUCAGUUGACUAGAACUUGAAUGGAUAGUCGGCUUGAAUGGGUAAUGUUAUUAGAUAAUGUUAUCUACUGGAAUAGAUAAUGUUCCUGAUGCACUGUUGUUACACUUCGCAUUAUUGGUAAUGCAGUCUGUGUAGCGUCAUAUUUGCCAAGGUUUUUACACGUCUUUGUAUAAAAUGCUGACAAUCUUAAAUUUUUAUAUAUUUUGAUAGCAAUUUACAAUACAUUUCCAUUUGUUAACAUUAAUUGACUACAAUACUAAAUAUGAACUCAAAAUAGAUACUUUGAAAGUAUAA